CCGUCUGUAAAAUUUUCCCCUGAAAGAGCCUCCUUUUCCCUUCACGGAGCCGAUCUUCACCAUGGAGGAAGCUUCUGUGGGCCCCAGAUGCCGUCAAUCUCCACCAACGUCGGCGACCAUGACUAGGCUCACACGUCCUUGGACUGCAAAAAUUAACCCCCUUCACGCGGCUGCGGAGCCGUUGAUGGAAUGCAGAAGAAAAUUCGCAACCAACCGCUGUCCUUCCUUCAACAUUUAUCUCCCCUUUCACUCGCCGCCGUCUCAUCUCCCAUCGAUGCCCCCCCGACCUCUGGUAUCGUCUUCCUCGCCUCGAUUCUCCUUCUCUGAGAAGAGUAAACUGCCAUGAAUUCGAAAAAGGAGAGAUUUUGGAGCCGUGCAUGGAGAGGGGCCAAGAUCCUCUUUUUCGUUGCUAACAUGCUCGCCUCUCUCUUCCUCACCUGCGCUCCUCCGCUUCUCAUCGUUCUCCUCGACCUCCUCCUCCCGUCAGCCCUCCUCGCCGCCGCUAGCGGCCCAGCGCUCUCCUUCUCGGACUAUGCCGCCCAAAUUAGAAGCUAUCGGUACCGAGCUUCCCUGGUCGACUUGCCCCUUGUAUCUGUAACAAGAUCCAUGGUCAUAUUGUGUUUUUAUUUGUUCUGUGGUGGGCGAGGGCUGUUUUUGGGAGUGGCGACCCUCUGCGCGUCGAUUUCUGCAGGGUUUGUGUCCAUGAAAGCGAUCGCUAUGUUUGGAGCUGAUGCAGUGCCGGGAAAAAGGCAGCUGCUUUCGUUUGGGGAGAAGGAAGGGCCAGCAGUGGAAGCCCUGUUCUUGGCCUCUUUAGCUCUCGCCAUGGCUCAUGUGAUGGCUGCUUAUAGGAUCAGCUGUCGAGAGAGACGAAAGCUGCUUGUGUACAAGAUUGAUAUUGAGGCGGUAUCCGCUUAUAAAAAUGAAUUCUCUAACUACCAUAAGAUUGCACUAAGCGAGUAAAGCAUGGUGGCAUCAUUGAGAUACAAACAUGGUCUCAUGUUGCCACCUUUGCUGACUGGAUUUUCAGUUAAAAGAACACUGAUUUCAGGCAGCAAGCGCAAAGGAAAUAUUCUCAGCAUCAUUGAUUCACAGGAGGGAUCCAGUGGCACUGUAUGUAAAUAUAAAUACUAUAGGAUAAGCAUAAUUGCCAUUUUUUGGCAAUUUAUUCUCUUCACUUGAGAGCAACAUUUCAGAGAAAAUGAAUGUAAAUAGGUGAAUUUGAGGGAAUCAGUUCAUCUUUAAUAAUUAGAUUGUAAAAUUAGACUGUGAAGUUCCCAAAUCUCAGCCAUCCAAUCCACUUUGGAUGAUUAUGAUUGUUUUUUGAUCAAAAUCAUAAUGAUUUUGAGAAAAUAAAAAUCAAUCUCAUGCAUGCAAAAUGAAUUAGAAAGCUGGGAUUAGAGAUCUUUAUCCUCCUAUUAUCAUGUUAAUGGGAGAGGUUCUAAAUUUAGUUAGUUGGUGAAGUGUAUAUA